AUGAAUGUAGCAAUUGAUGCCUGUUUUGAACCAGUGGUGUCACGACGGGAGAGUUGGAUGGAUGACAUGGGAUUGUGGUAUUGUAUGCUGUUGAGGGGCUGUCAGACACUGGCUCUUCCCAACCCUUACCACUAUUACCACUGCUUUGCGCCUUUUUCCUAUGAUUUGCAUUUUGCAAUGGCUGAGUUUGUCUACUGGAGAGACCCAAAGAAAAGUGGUGUUGUAUUCGGCGCCGGACUCGCGAUCCUUCUGUCUUUGACCGUGUUUUCGAUAAUCUCGGUCUUCGCCUACUCUUCGUUGGCCGCCCUCUCUGUCACCCUUUCGUUCAGAAUUUAUAAAAAUAUAUUACAAGCCGUGCAGAAGACUAAUGAAGGCCACCCUUUCAAAGAGUAUUUAGAGGUGGAAAUAACGCCAUCGAGUGAACGCAUUCAUCAGAUCGUCGAUUCCUUCCUCUCGCACUUCAAUCGCACACUUAUUAAACUUCGCAGCGUUUUCCUCGUGGAAGACAUCAUCGAUUCACUCAAAUUCGUGGUGUUGUUCUGGUGUCUGACAUACAUCGGCUCGUGGUUUAAUGGCUUGACACUCAUAAUAUUGGCGUAUUUGGGACUCUUCUCGUUACCUAAAGUCUAUGAGAUGAAUAAGACUCAAAUCGAUCAGUAUUUAAGUCUAGCCUCCACUCAAAUCAAUGACAUUACCUCUAAAAUCCGAGCUAUGAUUCCGUUUCCCGCGAAGAAAGAUAAGGAUAACUAAAGGAUUCCUGAGAAGAGUCCUACGAGUUAUACGAAUUUAUUUUAGAACUCAGUUUUGGGAUAAAAGUAACAGAAAUUAAGAAUUUUAAUGGAAUUGCAAUUCUACUCAUUUUAUUCAAAUUUGUUUUUCAAAGUCAUAAUAAUCACAAUUCAUUGAAUUUUAUAAGAAUAUUCUCGUAGUAAUCGAUACUAUAAAAUAAUCUAUUGUUUGAAUGUAUUGAUUAUAUUCUAAACAUUUACGGUAUAUAUAUAUAAAUAUGAUAUUGGAUUUGUGCACAAAUCUUGCAACUAAUUAUCCCCUAAUGUCACCAACACUUAGUCUUUCCGUCAGUUUUUAUUUAUAAAAUGUGAGAAUUAAAACACAGUUUCUCUAUUGGUUUGAUUGAAAAUAACUUAUUUUGAAUUUUGUAUAAACAUUUUGUUGAUUUUAUAAACAAUUUAUAAGUUUUUGUGAUGAAAAUUCUGAAAAAUGAUAUGAAAAUAUACUUACAGUAUAAGUCUAACAAGUGAUUGGAAUUUUACAGAAUUUGUCAAAAUUAUAUUAUUAUUAUUAUUAUUAUAACCUAUUGUAUGUCAUUUCC